CAAUAAUUUAGACAUGGAAGAUUGUGGAACUGUGUUUGUGUAAAAGUCAAGAUUCUAAAAUAAAAAAAAAAUAAAUUUAAAGAGAAUAAGCUAUGCUUUUGAAAUUAACAUUAUUAUCUCAGAAAGAGCGUGUUAUUUAGCCUUCUUUUGCACUGCAAAUCAGUUUCUUACUGCAUAUUUCUUCAUUAUUGUUUGUAUUCCUUGAAGUUGAAGCAGUAUGGCAGAUGAGGUCGUUUUGCUAGAUUUCUGGGCGAGUCCUUUUGGGAUGAGGGUGAGGGUUGCACUUGCUGAAAAGGGUAUUAUAAACUAUGAGCGCAAAGAAGAGGAUCUGAAGAACAAGAGUCCUUUACUCCUAAGAAUGAACCCGGUUCACAAGAAAAUUCCGGUUCUUAUCCACAACGGCAAACCCAUUUCUGAAUCUCUCAUUAUUCUUCAAUACAUUGAAGAUGUUUGGAAUCACACAAAUCCCUUGCUGCCUUCUCACCCUUACCAGAGAGCACAGGCAAGAUUUUGGGCUCAUUAUGUUGACACCAAGAUAGUUAAUAUCUUAGAGAAGAUUUCGAAAGGAAAAGGAGAAGAAAGAGAAGUUGCAAAGAAAGAGUUGAUAGAAGCCCUUAAAUUAUUGGAGGAAGAACUGGGAGAUAAAACUUAUUUUGGAGGAGAAAAUAUUGGUUUUGUGGACAUAGCACUUGUCCCAUUCUACCCUUGGAUAAAAUCCUUUGCAAAUUUUGUCACCCUUAACAUAGAUGGUGAGUGUCCUAAGUUGAUUGCUUGGGGCAAGAGGUGCCUUCAAAAAGAAAGUGUUGCUAUGUCUCUUCCUGGUGAGCAGGUGAUCAAUGAGUUCACAAAAAAGAUCUUCAGCAUUGAGUAGGUUCAAGCUUAAAAGAUAAAUUCAAAGUGUUGCUUAUUUUUUAGCUUUCUAUUAAGUAAUAUGUUUGUAAUAAAUACCAGUGAAAAAAUCGCUUCUUUUUAUUAUUGAUAAAAAUAUAAGUAAUCUGAUAUCAUAAUUUUGAAUA